AUGAAUACAAGGAUAGCACUCCGUAAAGCCACAACAACAGGCAAAAAAGGAGGGGCGGGAGGUAAAGGAGGCCGUAUUGGCGUCCGGGACAUCUUCAACGAUUGGGAUUUAUUGCUACCCUCUGCAGAUCCUUAUGAAGAUAUUGAUAGCGAUGACGAUGGGUUGAACGAGCAUGAAAAAUGGAAGAGGAAGCAGCUCUCAAAGAAGGGCUGGGAAAGCUCAAGGGGACAGAUGAUCUUGAUUGCGACCUUGACGGCAAUCGCAACACUGGUACGCAUCUGGAAGCUGGCUAUCCCUCGCGCUGUUGUAUCCGAUGAGCAGUAUUUUGGAGGAUUUACAGUCGAUUACCUUAAAGGUGAAUUCUUCAUGGAUGUCCACCCACCCUUGGGAAAGUUACUCUACACUGCAGUCGCCUACUUGCUUCGAUUUGACGGAAACUUUGAUUUUGUGCCUGGAAAUUUGUACAAGAACAAUGUCCCUUAUAUCGGAAUGCGAAUGUUUGCAGCUGCUUGUGGAGCGGGGUUGAUCCCUAUUUCAUAUCUAACGAUGAAGAGAUCCGGCCAUUCAACACAAGCGGCGAUCAUUUGCGCAAUCUUUAUUACCUUUGAAAAUGCCAUGAUUACGCAGAGUCGAUUUAUCCUGUUGGAUGCACCCAUGCUACUGUUCAUGGGCUACACAGUGCUGGCAUGGAUCAAUUUUUAUAACCACCGCAAUCGUCCUUUUACUAGUGGUUGGUGCUUUUGGUUGAUUCAGACGGGAUUCUCCUUGUUCUUGUCAAGCAGUGUCAAAUGGGUUGGGCUCUUUACUAUUGCUACUAUUGGUGUGUGUGUACUCAAAUACUUACAGGAGUCCAGGACUACACUCUAUGUCAGCACACGAAACUUUUCUAAGCAAUUCGUAGCAUUAUUUGUCUGUCUCCUUGUCUUGCCAGCAGUGCUCUAUGUUGGACUUUAUGCUGUGGACUUCAAGUUACUUCCAAAGUCUGGCUCUGGCAACGUCUGGGUCAGUCCACAAUUCCAAAUGACACUGGAAGGACAUGAUGUGUUGCCAGUCAUGGCUGAUAUCGCAUGGGAUUCAAAGGUCCAUAUCCGUCACGCCAACACCAAUGGUGGUUGGAUUCAUACCAUGCCUGGAGAAUACACGCGAGAGGGUUCCAAAGAUCAAGCUAUCCAGCUCGUUGAAUGGGACGAUGAUCUUACUUGCUGGCAGAUCUAUCCUGCAGACCCCAAACUUCGUCAAAAACAUGCUAGACAGAAAAUAGCACGGAAAAUGAACCCAACAGCGACGUUUGAUGGUUUUGUCUUUGAAGGAGAUCAGAUUCGACUUCGCCAUUGUUAUUCCAAAGUGGCCCUUGCGACCAACGAUAUUGAAUCCUUGGGCUCCAAUAAAACGUUCUUGAGAGAAGUCCGAGGGAUUAGGUGGAGGAAACAUCCGACAGAGGAGGCCAUCUGGAGAGUCGAGCUCGAUAUGGAAUUUGGAGCAGCGGAGAUCAAGACAGAGUUCAAGAAGCAGUGGCAUUCGAUUAAAGGGUUCAAACUAUGGAAUGAAAAACAUCAGUGUUACUUACACUCUCACAAAGUCUUCAGAGCGCCUCACUCGACCUAUCAAGAAGUGACAUGUAUCCAAGGCGAUCGUCAGAGGGCUAACACUAUCUUCAUCGUUGACCAGAACGUCAAUUCGCACUUACCAUCGUCAACGCCUUCGCUCUCGUAUAAGCCCUUAACAUUCUUCCAAAAGUUCCUUGAAUUGAAUCGAGUCAUGUGGUGGACCCAUCAUGAUCUGAGCGCACCUGUGAAUAGAGAUGGUCAUUGGGAUGAGAAACUAAAAGCCUUGGACGGGUCUCGACCUUGGUCAUGGCCACUCAUGCGACAAGGCAUGGAUUAUUAUACUGAUAAGCGUUCAAGCCAUUAUGUUCAUUUCAUGGGAAAUCCAAUCCUUUGGUGGACUGCUACCGCAGCGGUCGCGCUCUAUAUCCUGACCACAUUCUCAAAUGCGAUCAAGUUCCUUCUGAGCAAAACAGAGACCAAGAUUGAACGAGAUCGCUUCGUGGCAUCUGGAACGUUCUUUGCAGGUUGGGCCAUCCACUAUAUCCCCUUCUUCUUCAUGUCUCGUCAGCUCUAUCUACAUCAUUACUUGCCAGCGCUUUAUUUCUCAAUCUUGUUAUUGGUCUCACGACUGGACCGAGCCUGGCAGCGUUGGCCAACCCGUCUUCGGCACUUGACUGGGCUAGCAUUGAUAUCAGUCGUGAUCUUGUCCUGUUUUAGCUUCUCGAACCUGGCCUAUGGUUCUAUCUCUUACUCUAUAGGUUCUCAUGCCAGCUGUGAACGGUUAAGGUCCUUGGGUGGAUGGAAAUAUUCCUGUGAUUGGAAUCCAAACAGAAAUCCUGCUGAUCCUUUGAAAGACAUCAAGCUGGCUGUAAAAGAAGAAGCAAAAAAGAAUGGUGAUGAAGAUGAUAAUGAUGAUUGGGAGAGUAAUUUCUAUGAUCCAGAUGAGGUUGGGGUCCCAGUGCAGCAACAGCAACAGCAACAGCAACAGCAACAGCAACAGCAACAGCAACAGCAACAGCAGACGUCGAAAGAACGAGAUGAACGUCAAAGUGGGACAACUACAGAAGCUGGGGCCCAAGGUCUUCAAGAGAAGCAGCAGAUAGUGAUGGAGAAGUCAGGAUCGGAACAACAACAGCAACAGGACAGAAGCAGCAGUCCAGCAGUUUAG